AUGCGCUUCAGCUCUGUUACCAUGCUCCUUGCCGGUCUGGCCAGCGGCAUUAAUGCUGGCUACGUCGAUACUUGGGAGGAAGAAAUGCCUCUUGGAGGAUUCAUCGGUACCUUUGAUAUAUUUUCGAACGAACAUUGCAGCCAGGGAGGCAAGGGCAUCACCGUCACUGCGGACGACCAUCAAGGACCGCUUCAGCACGGCGUAAAGUCGGUCAAGUCCUACAUUCAGCAUCAGUACUUGUACAUCUAUGAUACUGGCGCCCCCAGAGUUCUGAGAAUUGCCCCUGGGGAUUCGCGCUGCCAUCAGAUCCAUGGCCGUGCCCAAUACUGGAGAGUUCUCCCGUUUUAA